AUGGCCUCGUCCGGAUCACUCGUCCCAUCUCACAUAUCGACCUCUGGAGGCUGUCAGUCCUUGAGUCAUUCAGUUGCGCAGCAUAUUGGCCGUCCCCAGAUCUCGAGGCUUGUCUCCACCAGAAUCACGUCAGACAAGACAGCCUCAUCCCCACGGGGCAAGCAGCUUCCGAGACGGCGCCAGAGUCUCAUCGCUGAUGACGUCCUUCCAAUCGGUCUAUUAGAGAAGGCUAGUGUAACCGGUCCAAUCUCGCAUAACAACUUCGACUCUUGUGGUUCCAACGAACAAUUAGUCGGCUGCGCGACAGCCGCUCAAAACCCAAUGGCUGUUGAGAAAGUGCAACGAUGGUCCGGAAUGACCCGAACUGUUAGUGAUUGGGAUGGUUUGCGGAGAGACACCGAACUAUGGAUUGAAGACGGGGACUGCUAUGUACACCUUUAUGCGCAAGGAGCAUCACGCCGUGGUCCGUCGUUCUGUAUACCAUUCAGAGCUCUUCGACAGAAGAAAUGCAGCUCCAUGCUUGACAUCUGCUACGCACAGAUUGCAUCGCGAGAUGGGUCACAUGUGCAGCAGUUGAUGAGCAUGGCUAGCUCGUUGGUUUUGUCGAACCGCGAACCGGGCAUUGUCAAUCUAUUCAUUCCUGCUCCAGAUGACACUUCCCGCCAGGACUCUUUCAAGUGGCAUGUCACAACUCGAAACUUCUUUGCUUUCCUGUUGGGCAAGCCUCUGGUGGGCCAUCAAAUGGGCCAAACGUUCGUCGACUUGCAGGAGAGGCUACAUCUUUUCAGAUCUGGAGCCGUCAACAACCACGAAGACUUCCUUCAGUACGCCGAGGAUCAAGGAUAUCGCGACUUCUCCGAGUGCACUGACUAUGCGCUUGCGAGUCUUUUUUACGCCGAGCAAUACAAGCUUCGAGAUGCAUGGGUCGAUGCGUUCGCUCACUGCGUCGGAAUGAAUGAAAGCUUGUCUCUCAGCCCCGAAUACGCUUCUACAUCAAGAUUAACAAAAGCUCUGAUCACCCGUGCCUACCUAGAAGUAGACAUACACCUUGGUCAAGUGACAGUUGCGUUGAGCAAGUUCCUCGACGAAGAUUUCUCUCCCGCGUAUCUCGGACUUACCCCAGGGGCCAGGAGCCACUUGAAUCGCUUUCGCCGCUUUCUACACAGUUUCUACGUCAAAAAAUUUGGGUAUUGGCCGCCCCCAAGGGGGUCUGCGUUUCCAAAAGCGCUUUACAAGUCAAUGUACUUUGACUUUCAGAGCCUAUACUAUCUCCUUGUCGAUACAAACUCGACUACCGACCUUGCUCUCCAGGGACCAGCAAGUGGAGGUAUCUGCGUGUUGCAGAAUGUGGAUAGCUUUGACAAGCGUCACAUGUUCACACCGCAAUCACAUCCAUUGCCGCUAUUUCCAAGCUAUGCCGAGCCAACGAAGAAGAUGGAUUCUCAGAAGGCCCUACGACAGCUGACUCUAGUGUCCCACCAAAACAAGAUCAACAAAGUCCAGACUAUAAGCGCCGCAUUGGCGGCUGCGACCAACACACAGGAUCCAGCUGUCACUAGCUCCAACAUUGUCCAAGAGUACAUUCAUUUCGAACAAACCUACAGCUCUACUCUUAAUCAACGCGACGAAAAGGUUUCCGUGCUGGAUGCGCGUAAAGUCAGGUGGCUUCUGAUUUACGGAACACUGCAAUACCUCGUGUCGGUUUUGCGAGCUCCAAAGGAGGUUCGAGACACAGAGACUGCCGAUUAUCCUCUCUGCUGUCUGGUGGCCGAGCACUCGUCAUGGUCUGAUAGCUCACAAGUACCUACGCCUUCAAUUUCUUACGCUACCUCAGCAGUAAACAGGUUUGACGAGUAUCUCAACAGCUCACAGCCCGACUUUAACUCUAUCCAGCCCGACUGCCAUAGGGAGGACUACUUUUCUUCUCGGACCACUAGUGUCCGCAACUCUGUCGAAGUACCAGCCCCGCUUAAAAUUACUGCACCCGUCUCGUAUCCGCCUACUCGUUCUUUUGGGUCGAUGUCGUUAUCUGGACGGAGCUCACGACGUAACAGCUUGAAACUCAAGCCCACGCAACACUGCGAGAUCAUCGUCUACGGAUAUGGAAAUGGCCUAAACAAAGCCGUCGUGAGCUCGACAACCCAGGAUCUGUCACGAAGCGCGUCUAUGUCUACGUCUCAUCGCUCUUCAGCCUCCAUCCUGCCAGAAGGCGCUGGUCCUAAGACAUCUUGGAUCAGGCCCAAAUCUCCCCCCAUCCCACAAGCCCGUACAUCAUCGUUGUCAAAAGUUCGCCGCCAUGCACGUACUCGAACACCCCUGCUGGAUGCAAACCAACUCGAGAAGUUUUACGGCUCCACAUUCACCGUCGAGGAAUCAGGCAUGAGUCGUUCCGAUAGCACUAGCUCACACAACAGUCAAGUAUGGAGCGAAUUCAGCACAGUCUCAUCAGAAUCCAGUGCAGAUGGAGACUGUCAAGAGCGCCAUAGUACCACGGUGGAAGAUAGUGGCCUUCUAGGCGGACUCGUGUCUGUCGACAACACCCCGGUGCCCACUCCCCGCACGCGGUCACUUGUCAAAACCAGGUCACCUGCCUCAAUACCACUGCCUUCGAACGCGUACAUGCAGGCAUUUUGCUUCGACAACGACCUUCCUCAAUCGAACAACUACGACCACAUACACCCAGCCUUCCGACCACCGACUGCAGACACCACAAUUGGCAUGGCGCUCUCUCCACCCGCAUCACCGCCAUUGAGCCCAAGUGUCAGCUUGGUUUCCUAUUUCGAUGCAUCCCCAGUGUCCCCAAAUAACACACCUUCUCCCUCUAUGACACACUCCACCGAUUCGAACUUGACAUAUGCGGACCUGUCCGUCUCCAAAGCGUUGUUACGUAGCAAAAGCCACCGCGAGAACGGCAUUUUCACAACAAUCUCUUCCUCCCCUUCCUCGAACAAACCCGAAAAGCGUGCCAGUACUGAGCGAAUACGAACUCGGAUGUCGAUGUUGAAGCGCUUCUACGCUUUUUAA